UGUGUGGAAAAAAACUCUCGGUGGAGGGCUAACUGCAGUUUGUUUUUGAAGGGUUUUUCUUCAUAUUUUGCUGAAUUCAGCUCUUAGAAAGCACCACAAGUUAACUGAAAUCUUGGAGUUUGUGCCUGAGCUGUUAAUUCGUUUGCCCAUGUCCUAGCAAGUGACACAGAGCUUAAUAUAUUCACUACAAAGACCCUGGGAGUUUGUCUUCGCUGGGGAUAGGUAAUAUGGCGGAGGUAACUGAGGAAAGCUCUUACACAAAACCGUCUCGCCACCGUAGAGAUCGAACUGAAAGAUCACAUCGCAGACUUAGAGAUAACACAGGAGAUUCACCUGCUGCAAAUACAGAUCUCAAUACUAGCAACCAAGCGGACAGUGGUGAUAUAAAUGAACAGUUUUUGAGUCCGGCGAGCGCUGAGCGAGAUGUUACACCAAGAAAGGACAAGAGAAGAUCGAAGCGUGAUGAACCCGAAGCAAACACUCCAGACGAAGCUGGCUCUGAGUCUACACCAAGYGCAGAUACUCCAUCAAGAACACGGAUAAAGAAAGAGAAAAAAAGUGAGAAUACUGCUAGAAAGAGACGCGAAAAGAAAAAUCUUCGCGAGAAACGACGCUCUACCGGAGUUGUUAUAAUGCCGACUGGUGAGAGUGAUGAUGAAGAAGAUGAAGAGAAGAAAGCUCUGAAACAACACACACAACAAAAUGAACAGCUUGUCGUAACUGAUGACAAAGAUGACAUAGUGGCGAAUGCCAAAGGGGUGCCAAAUAUAAGGAUAGAUGAUAAAGUGAUAAAUGACAGCGAAACUAUAGAAAAACAGAAGUUGACAGAAAAGGUAGAAGAAUAUGAAAUCCAGAUUGACGACUUCAAGUCUAAACUUGAGAAAGCUAACAAGGAAUUGGAACAGCUGAGACUUGACAACCAGAGACUGAAAGAUGAAAAUAGUGCAUUACUACGUGUAGUGAAUCAAUUAUCUACCAAGAAAAAAUAAGUCAAUGUAAUUACAACCUUCAUUGCACUAGGUUACAAGCAUGAUGCUGCUGUCUUUUAGAUACUUCCCUAUAGAGGUGUCUGCAUUGACUCCCAUCAUAACUAUAUUAAUGUGCCAGCCAACAAUCUACUUUUACAGAAAUUGUUCUUAAUGGUCAUAAGAAACAAAAGCAUUUUUGAAAAAAAACGUCAAGCACUACUGUAACUCCAGGAAGAAAAUUUGGGUGAUUUUGACACCAUAUUUUAAUUCAAAAAAGAUUUAGCAGUUUAGUGCUGAUUACUAUAUGUUUGAAAUUUUGCUAUUUUCAAUCUUACAUUUCCAUUGUCAGUGCUAUAAAAACUAAAAAAGGAAUUUUUGAAAUAUAUUUGUGGAGUUCUGUUCAAUACGAUAAUAAUUGUAGAUUAUAGGCAAGAGGUUUAAUUCAUUCUCCUCUUUCAUGGGAGUUAGUUGUGAUUCAUAUCUUGAAGACAGCAGCAACUUGAAGCCCUUAAUAUAAAAAGAACAAUUGUUUGCCACAUUUUCAAAGUUUUUAGAAUGAUAUAUUUUUAUAUUAACUUAGAUAGAAUGAAGUCUUUGCUGAUAAUUUUGUAUACAUAGCUUAGAAAUUAACUAAUCAUUCUUCAGCCUGGGUUUUUUGUAAUUUUGUUAAGAAAGUGUUUUGAAUGAUCUGCAAUUUGCAAUUUAAAACAAAUUUAAGUAAAAAAUAGACAACUAAGUUGUUUUAAAGGUGAUUUCAGUACAAUAUUGAUUUCUGUUUUGCCCAGAACAUAAUACAAUAAUACAAUUGUAGAUCUGUUUCCUAGGUUGGACUUUACUAGCAAUGACUUCAAAUAAAGAUCAGUUUUCAAAUUGGAGAGGUUCAAUCUCCAUUGCGGUGGUAACUGUUAGGGCAAUUUACGCUUUUCAUAAGGGAGGAGAGAGUAAGGAUAAUAUUUGCCUUUUAACAAAGACUCUGGGGAUGGGGGUUAGUAUAUUAGUGCAAUGUACCUUUGUGACCUUUAACUAUAAUGAUUAUUGAUAUUAUUAAUAAUUAUUAUAUAAUUAUUACAUAUUUUUGUGGCCAGUAUUUUAGGGUCUGAUAGGCCUUUCAUUGUCAAAGUUAUAGGAUAGAUAUUAGACUCUGUUUCAAAAUUAGUCAUUGGUACAUGAAAGCGAGGUCAAUGGGGCAAUUCUAUAUUUCGUCUUAUUACAUAUCAGUCUCACCAUUAAAAGCUGUCACAUAUUUGUCAGCAUUAACAAGUAUUGUAUAUGUCCACAAAGACUCCUUUUCAUGUCUACUGAUGUAAUUUUGAAAGGAGGUUAUAUGAAGAAAUGUACUUCAAUGUAAGUGGGUAGGGGUUACUGAAACUCCCAAAUCACUUUUGCUAAAUAUAUAUAUAUAGUUUUGCCUUUCUAUUUUAUACUGAAAUGCAUUGUGAUGUACUGUAGGUCAUGUAAUUCAUUUUUUCUAUUAGUUUGUAAAUAAGACCACUAUUGCUGUA